GCUUCCUCUCUCCCCCUCCCUCUCUUAGUUUCUCCCUCCUUCCCUCUUCCUUCCUCCCUCCUCCCUUAUUCUGUCUUAAACCCACACCCUUGUGCAGACCUAGAUGUGCAGACACCCGAAGACACUCACAGCCUUGUCUACCUCCAUCUCUUUCCAUCCCUGCCCCGGCAGAUAAGAGCACACUACUGUGUGUAUCAAAGCAACAAUGUCUGACAAACCUGACCUGACCGAGAUCGCCUGUUUCGACAAGACCAAACUGAAGAAGACUGAGACGAAAGAGAAGAACCCCCUGCCAACCAAAGAGACUAUUGAACAGGAAAGGAAAGGGGAUGCCACGCCUUAAUGUGACUUGGUGAAGAAGAGGAGAAGAAGAGGAGAGGAAAACCGGAGAGGAGACAGUGAUGCCACCAACAAAAUCACUUUGUUUUGUCUGCCUGUCAGUAUUCUACUUUAAGUCACUUUGUGUUGUAUAACAGGGGCCCCAGUAGGACCCCAGGAGAUGCAGUAGUGGAGGAGGGUACAUGGGAUGCAUUCCAAAUGGCACCUUAUUCCCUAUAUAGUGCAAUACUUUUGACCUGGUCCACUAUAUAGGGAAUAUGGUGCCAUUUGAGACACAGCAUGCCAUCUUCACAGGGGUCUAUCUUUCAUUAGGAGAAUAGAGUUGUAACAUGGCUGCCAGGAUGGUUCUGUUUUAAAUAACAAGUAUUGGGCCAGAAACCCUCUACCCUCUAGACUUCACCCCUUUACUCCCUAACCCCUACACCCUAGCCUUUACUCCCUUACUCCCUAGCCUCUAACCCCCCUACUCCCUAGCCCCUACACCCUAGCCUCUAACCCCCCUACUCACUAGCCCCUACACCCUAGCCUCUAACCCCCCUACUCCCUAGCCCCUACACCCUAGCCUCUAACCCCCCUACUCCCUAGCCCCUACACCCUAGCCUUUACUCCCUUACUCCCUAGCCCCUACACCCUAGCCUCUAACCCCCUACUCCCUAGCCCCUACACCCUAGCCUUUACUCCCUUACUCCCUAGCCCCUACACCCUAGCCUCUAACCCCCCUACUCCCUAGCCCCUACACCGUAGCCUCUAACCCCCUUACUCCCUAGUCCCUACACCCUAGCCUCUAACCCCCUUACUUCCUAGCCCCUAUACCCUAGCCUCUAACCCCCUUACUUCCUAGCCCUUACACCCUAGCCUCUAACCCCGCUACUCCCUAGCCCCUAUACCCUAGCCUCUAACCCCCUUACUCCCUAGCCUCUAACCCCCCUACACCCUAGCCCCUAUACCCUAGCCUCUAACCCCCUUACUCCCUAGCCUUAUUUCCUAUUGUAUACCCAUCCAAACCACUCAGAAGUACCAAACGUAGGGGCUAAGGGCUAGGGGUUUGUUUCUUAAUCAGUCAGUUUUGUUGUUGAACACCAAACCAAGUCAGGCAUCCAGGCUAAGAGAGGAAGGUGGGGGGAUUAUUGAGGUGUUUUCAUAUUUCACUUUAUACUUUUCUUUAUGAAAUAAAGACAAAAUGGUAUAAUACAAAA